AUGUCUGCUGAUCCAGCUACCCAAUCAGUCGCCGACCUCGAAAAUGAGCCCUACGAGUCUGACGAGGAUGAAGAUUUCCAGCUCGAUGACGCCCAGGACGAAUCUGAGCUGUCCGACGAUGACGAGCCCCAGGCCGGCCCGGCGAAGAAGAAACGCAAGACUGACAAGGGAGACGGUGCGUCGGAGGAUAUCGAAUUAGACUCUGGUGAUGAAGUCACAAUCAGGAAAGCGCAGGACAAGCGGAAGAAAUGGAAGAGGAAGAAGGGCAAAGCCGUGGAUGAUGAUAUGGAUCUUGACGAUGACGACGAAGGGGGAACUGGGGGCUUUGUGCGGACACGGGCGAUGAAAAUGCAAAUACAGGAAGAGCGCAAGCCACUGGCUCGAAUCGAUGGUGCGACUGUGGACGUGAACGCCCUCUGGGAGCAAAUGAAUGCCCCAGAUAGCCAGCUCGGACUGGCGGAUUCCCAAACGCAACGUGAGAACGAGGAGACCCCAGCAGCUGAACCCACGGCCGACACUGCAGCACAGGAGCAACCUGCUGCAGAUGCGGAGGAUCAAUCGCGCCAUAACCAGUACGCCGACCAGAAAAUCAAGAUCAAGCGCACCUACAAGUUUGCUGGCGAGUGGAUCACGGAAGAAAAGAUUGUGCCUAAAGACUCCGCCGAGGCCAAGGCGUUCUUGUCUAGCGGGGAGAAGGUCGAGUACGCCGAGGUGGACGAUGCGACCGAGGACGCUGCUCGCAAUGUACGCCGUCCACUCCGCAAGAUCUCACGAUUCGACCCUAACCCGUCCGGUACAAUCAAGAAGAGCUGGGAGAAGCAGCAGCCUGUGGUGUCCGGCGAAGGCGACGCGAAGGGACCCAAGAUCAACACGGUCGAGAAAUCCCGUCUCGACUGGGCGCAGUACGUGGACCAGGCGGGGAUCAAGGACGAAUUGCGCACCCACAGCAAGGCCAAAGAGGGUUAUAUGGGUCGCAUGGACUUUUUGGGUCGCAUGGAUGCCAGGAGGGAAGAAGAGGCGCGCCAGGCCCGUCUCAAGGGCAUGUGA